AUGGCGACGGGGGAUGGCGGCGGUGGUGGCGCGAGCCGGCCUCCCGGGACCCAGCCCGGAUCCAGCGCCGGGACGCAGGCCCAGAUGGAGAACAAGAGGACAAACAGGGAGAGUGAUGCAGUGGAAAAAAGGGGCCCAUACAUCAUGACCAAAGCUUCGUCCAUUCAUGCCAAACUGCAGAAGCAUCGAGAAAUGGCAAAGGCAGUGCUGCGGAGGAAAGGUAUCCUGGGGGCAACCGUUCAACAGCAACCAAAGUCAGCAGCAAAGAGGUCAGUGAAGUUUAACAAGGGCUAUGCUGCUCUCAGCCAGACAGCGGAUGAGAACCUGGUGUCCCUUGAUUCAGACAGUGAUGGGGAGCUGGAAUCAAGAUGUUCCUCCGGUUACUCCUCUGCAGAGCAGGUGAACCAGGAUCUGAGCCGUCAGCUUCUGCAGGACGGGUACCACCUAGAUGAGAUCCCGGACGAUGAGGACCUAGAUCUCAUUCCCCCAAAACCUGUUGCCUCGUCACCUUGUCCCUGUUGCUUCGGGGAGUCUCUCUCCUGCACAAUCCAGUAGGCACUGCUCAACCGGGGCUGCAACUACAAGUCAAGGGCCAGCACUUUCUACCUUGUUUCUUAGGACAUUAGCAUGCCUGAUAAAGCAACUACAUUCAGCACUGAACAUUGGCAGAAACUGAAAUGGGCUCAGUGACUGAAGAACUGGACGCUGCCACUGCUGCAAUUAUUGGCACCUGCUCAAGUUGAGCAGCAACAGUUGAUUAUCCCAAAGCUACUUUUUGUUACAUACAGUGAUAUAAUAUAUAGAUAUUAUGUGUACCUAUUCAGGUUGCCUGGAUGCAACUGGUCACCUCAUGCAGUGUUGGAGUGUGGAAAGAUGCUUUAUGCUGGCUGGGGGAAGAGGGAGAAGAGAGAACAUGUGGGUACUCUCACUCUUAAAGGAGAACUCCAAAGCUGUUUGUAAAGGGGAACAGCAAAGGUCUCAAGUCAGUAACCUAACAAGCUGGAGAAAUGCAAAUGAAGGCACUUGAAUGUCUGCAAACAGUCAUUCCUUUUCCUCAUCUGCCAGGGCUGGGGUUCGGGAUCUGGUGCUGCCUUGGGUGGUUGCCAUGUCCUUAUAGACUCUGAACUCAGGAUCUAGCAGGUAAGCGGAGAAGGAAGGAACUUUUAUUUCCCCCAUGUUGAAACAAGCUACUUGAAAGGCUCUUGAAUACUCUGAUCCAGUUUGCUCACACGUUUUGUUAAUCCGGUGGGAUUUCAGAUGAUUUGCUUUCAUUCUUUGGGGUUCAUCUCAUUAACUGGUUGUUUUUAUUAUAUAACUAAAGCAUUGACUGUCCUUUUAUUUAAAAAAAAAAAAAACAACCACC